UGUGACCUCGUGACGUCGGCGGGUUGGCGUCACUGAUCCGGUCCACCGACCAAUGCAUUUGACUUUCCGUCUCCACUCGACUCAAACCAAGACUAUAUCGUUGAGCGACAUCUUUGACGGCCUCCAUUGUUGUCGCAGCGUCUGUGAGAGACGCACAAAUAUACACUGGCUCGUGAACGCAUCGGCAGUAAAGAGGAUGCCCCUCAUCAAAAUGAAUGGACCAUCCCUCCUCUCAGUCAAUGUUGGAAAACACUUAAGACACCUUUUCGCCCAAUUGUCCUUGAAAUGUGGAGGUGAGCCCAUGGAAAAGCCGUCAUCUUCAGACAGAGGAGCCCCGGAGGAGCGAGAAGGCUUCGUGGAGGAUGGUGUCGGGCUGAGAGGGGCCGAGGGCGGAGAGGCGGGCCCUCAUCUUGAAGCCCCAAGGAGGAGCAGCUCGUCCCGUUCCUCCCGCAAAAGCUUCCGGCUGGACUACCGCCUGGAGGAAGAAGUCACAAAGUCCUGUCAAGAUAGACAUGGCCGCUUUACUAACCCAUGGUCCACGUGGCGAUUCCCCACCUACUCCACGCUGCUACGCUUCUUUUUGCUGGACAAGAACCACAGCAAUGUCCCGACUAGUAAAGAGGCCCUCGAUAAUGAGCUGCCAGUCGUGGAGCCGUACUUUGUCCACAACCCGGACCUCUCCCCCUCCGGUCCGGGUCUGAGGGUCACCUGGCUCGGGCACGCCUCGGUCCUGGUGGAAAUAGACGGGUUGAACAUUCUGACGGAUCCCAUUUUCAGCCAGAGGGCGUCACCGGUUCAGUUCAUGGGACCCAAACGAUACAGAGGCCCCCCUUGUAGUGUGCAACAGUUGCCCCGGAUUGAUGCUGUGGUCAUCAGUCAUUCCCACUACGAUCACCUUGAUGCUGGAACAGUGGCCAGCCUCAAUAUGCGCUUCGGAGCGGAGUUACGUUGGUUCGCGCCCCUCGGCUUGAUGGACUGGCUGGCCAAGGCGGGCUGCGAGAACGUGAUGGAGUUGGACUGGUGGGAGGAGAACUGCGUCCCGACUCACGACGACGUCACGUUCGUGUGCACGCCUUCUCAGCACUGGAGCAAACGCAGCGCGGUGGAUGCCAACAGGUCAUUAUGGGCCAGCUGGGCUGUUUUAGGUCCAGACCACCGCUUCUUCUUCGCCGGCGACACCGGUUACUGCUCGGUCUUCAGGGAGAUAGGGCGACGUUUCGGACCCUUUGACCUAGCAGCCAUCCCCAUCGGAGCAUACCUGCCGAGGGACGUGAUGAAAGGCCAGCAUGUGGACCCAGAGGAGGCGGUUCAGAUUCACAUGGACCUUCAGGCUAAACACUCGUUGGCUAUCCACUGGGGAACCUUUGCUUUGGCCUAUGAGCACUACCUGGAGCCGCCACGUCGUCUCCAGGAAGCUCUGGAGCAGAACGGCCUGAAACCGGACUCCUUCUUCACACUGCAGCACGGAGAGUCUCGCCUCCUGAUGUCUUGUAACAGAGAUGUCUUUCCCUGAUCCCUGACCGGCGUUUAGUGACGGAAAAGCAAAAGCAUCUCGCUGUAUGUUUUUAAAAAAAAUAAAUAAAAUAAAUAAAAAACCUCUCCUGUUUUUGUGGCCUGAACAUGUCAUGACAUACAAUGAAAGGUCAACUUUAAAGCUGAUGGCAGUAAAAGCUGAGCUGGCUUCAGCUUCACACAAAUGUUUUUCAUCAUUUCUGCUUUUCUAAUUCUUUCAGGCAUCUCAGAAUACAAUGACAUGCACAAUGGUGUGGCAUUACUAUUUCCAGUUUUACCGCGAUGUGAUUGUACUUAGAUCUGAAUGUAAUUUGCAUGCUUUUUAGUAAACAAUGUAGUGGUGUAUGUACAAUAAAUUGCUUUAACUCUC